GUUUCCGUAUAGAGAGAGAGAGAGAGAGAGAAAGAGCCGACUUUGAUCCAGCUCCAUAUAUCAAAAACCCUUAUAAUACCUCUCAAAAACUGUAUCGAAAAUCGUAAAUCUUCACUCUCAAUCUAUACGCCAGAAUAAAAUUCACCCUAAGGGGUGAACGGUGGUUCUUGCAACUACUACUUCUUACAUACAAUUCAAUUGAAAAAACCCUAGUUUUCCCUUCACCAGGAUGGCUCUUCCGCCGGUAGAGUGUUUAUACGUUACAACGGAUUGUAUUCGUCAAUGGAAGGAAGGAAACACCAGUUUCAAGGUUCCUAAACAGGUCCCAGUUCUUCGGUUUCUCUAUGAGCUUUGUUGGACAGUGGUUCGAGGGGAGCUGCCAUUUCAAAAGUGUAAAUUAGCAUUGGAUUCUGCUGAGUUCUUGGAUAAAUCUUCGGAUGAGGCGAUAAGUUCGAAUUUGGCUGAUAUUAUUGCACAAAUGUGUCAAGAUCUUACACUCCCUGGAGAUUAUAGAUCUCGACUCAUUAGAUUGGCAAAGUGGCUGGUCGAAUCUGCACUAGUCCCAGUGAGACUCUUUCAAGAGCGCUGUGAGGAAGAGUUUUUGUGGGAGUCAGAGAUGAUAAAGAUUAAAGCUGCAGAUUUGAAAUCUAAAGAGGUUCGAGUAAACACGCGUCUCUUGUAUCAGCAAACCAAAUUUAAUCUUCUUCGUGAAGAGAGUGAGGGCUAUGCAAAGCUGGUUACCCUUCUUAGUCAGGGUUCUGAUGCUUCAAGUCAAGUUACUCCAACAGCCACUGUUGGCAUAAUUAAGUCAUUAAUUGGACAUUUUGACCUAGAUCCAAAUCGUGUAUUUGACAUUGUAUUAGAGUGUUUUGAGCUUCAGACCCAUAAUAGCAUUUUCUUAGACCUGAUUCCCAUUUUUCCAAAGUCUCAUGCUUCACAGAUCCUUGGUUCUAAAUUUCAAUAUUAUCAGCGGAUGGAAGUUAAUCAUACUGUACCAUUCAGUCUCUAUCAACUAACUGCUUUGUUGGUUAAAAGAGAUUUUAUUGAUCUUGAUAGCAUAUAUGUGCACUUGCUUCCCAAGGAUGAAGAGGCCUUUGAACAAUACAAUGCAUUCUCCUCUAAACGGCUUGAAGAGGCUAAUAAGAUUGGGAAGAUAAAUCUUGCUGCUACUGGGAAGGAUCUGAUGGAGGAAGAAAAGACAGGAGAUGUGACUGUUGACCUAUAUGCUGCUUUAGAUAUAGAAAGUGAAGCUGUUUCUGCAUGGUCUUCAGAACUUGGAAAUAAUCAGACUUUGGGCUUGCUAACAGGAUUUCUUUCUGUGGAUGACUGGUACCACGCACGUAUACUUUUUGACCGUCUCUCCGUUCUGAAUCCUGCAGAACAUACCCAAAUUUGCGAUGAGAUGUUUAGGCUUAUUCAGAAAUCUCUAUCUCCAGCAUAUGAGCUUGUUCGUAAAACUUCUGGAUCAAAUACUAGCUUACCCUUAGGAAGUGACUGUGAUUUGAUGGAGACGAAUUCAUUGGUUCAAAACCCUUUUAUUGAUGUUCCGAAAGAGCUGUUUGAGAUGCUUGCUUCUGUUGGACCUUAUCUAUAUCGCAAUACCCUUUUGCUGCAGAAGGUAUGUAGAGUGUUGAAAGGCUACUACCUUUCUGCAGUCGAAUUUGUUCGUGCGGGGGAUAGAUCUUCAACUUCUGGAAAUGUUAACCCUCGCCUACACUUGAAAGAAGCCAGGUUGAGAAUUGAGGAAGCACUAGGGUCUUGUCUGCUUCCUUCUUUGCAGUUGGUUCCUGCAAAUCCAGCUGUGGGGCAGGUGAUAUGGGAAGUUAUGAAUCUUCUUCCCUAUGAGGCGCGGUAUCGUUUGUAUGGUGAAUGGGAGAAAGAUGACGAGCGAACUCCAAUGAUCUUGGUUGCUAGGCAAACAGCAAAAUUGGACACUAGGCGGAUCUUGAAGCGACUUGCUAAGGAAAACCUUAAGCAGCUAGGUCGAAUGGUUGCAAAACUUGCUCAUGCUAGUCCAAUGACUGUGCUUCGGACAAUUGUUAACCAGAUAGAGGCAUACAGGGAUAUGAUUGCUCCUGUAGUGGAUGCAUUCAAGUAUUUGACACAGCUGGAGUAUGAUAUUCUGGAGUAUGUGGUAAUUGAACGCUUGGCACAAAGUGGACGUGAUAAGCUGAAAGAUGAUGGGAUUAAUUUAUCAGACUGGCUGCAGUCAUUAGCGUCAUUUUGGGGUCACCUAUGCAAGAAAUAUCCAUCAAUGGAACUAAGGGGCCUGUUCCAAUAUCUUGUUAAUCAGUUGAAAAGAGGGCAAGGAAUUGAACUUGUUCUUCUACAGGAGCUUAUCCAGCAGAUGGCAAACGUCCAAUACACUGAAAAUAUGACUGAGGAACAGUUGGAUUACAUGAGCGGGAGUGACAGUCUUCGAUAUCAAGCUACCUCAUUUGGAAUGACUCGAAAUAACAAGGCAUUGAUUAAAUCCACUAACAGGCUGAGGGAUUCUCUACUUCCAAAGGAUGAACCAAAAUUAGCAAUUCCUUUGCUAUUGCUAAUUGCCCAGCAUCGCUCAGUGGUUGUCUUAAACGCUGACGUUUCUUAUAUUAAGAUGGUGAGUGAGCAGUUCGACAGAUGCCAUGGAACUCUUCUUCAAUAUGUUGAAUUCUUGUGGAGUGCAGUUACACCAUCUACAGCUUAUGCGCAGCUAAUUCCAUCUCUUCAUGAUCUUAUUCACCUAUAUCACCUGGAUCCUGAGGUGGCUUUCUUAAUUUACCGUCCGGUGAUGAGGCUUUUCAAGUCCCAGAAUUCUAAUGUUUUCUGGCCUUUAAAUGACAAUGAAUACACAACUGCAUUAGCAGAUAAGGAGAUUGAACAUAUAGAUUCGUCAGGGAAAUUGGUUUUGGAUCUUGGUCAUCCUCUGAAACCUACAGCGUGGUCAGAUCUUCUUGCUACAGUUAGAACAAUGCUGCCUUCAAAAGCUUGGAAUAGUCUUUCCCCUGAUCUAUAUGCAACGUUUUGGGGUUUAACACUAUAUGACCUGUAUGUUCCCAAAAAUCGUUACCAAUCAGAGAUUGCCAAGCAGCGAUCAUCUCUUAAAGCUCUUGAAGAACUCUCUGAUAAUUCCAGUUCCGCAAUUGCCAAAAGGAAGAAAGAUAAGGAAAAAAUUCAAGAAUCUCUUGACCGACUAACUAGUGAAUUCCAUAAGCAUGAAGAAAACGUAACCUCCGUUCGUCGGAGACUCGCACUCGAGAAAGACAAGUGGCUGAGCUCCUGUCCCGACACCUUAAAGAUCAAUAUGGAAUUUCUUCAGCGUUGUAUUUUUCCACGAUGUACAUUUAGUAUGCCUGAUGCUGUUUACUGUGCCAUGUUUGUUCACACCCUUCACUCUCUUGGAACACCAUUCUUUAACACUGUUAAUCAUAUUGAUGUUCUAAUCUGCAAAACCCUACAACCUAUGAUUUGUUGCUGCACGGAAUAUGAAGUGGCUCGGCUUGGGAGAUUUUUGUAUGAGACGUUGAAAAUUGCUUACCACUGGAAGAGUGAUGAAAAUAUAUAUGAGCGUGAGUGUGGAAAUAUGCCGGGUUUUGCUGUCUAUUAUAGAUACCCAAACAGCCAGCGUGUUACUUAUGGCCAGUUUAUAAAGGUUCACUGGAAGUGGAGUCAGCGAAUUACGAGGUUGCUGAUUCAGUGUCUGGAAUCUACGGAGUACAUGGAAAUCCGAAACUCUCUGAUAAUGUUGACGAAGAUUUCAAGUGUCUUUCCUGUAACUCGUAAAAGUGGAAUCAACAUUGAAAAACGGGUUGCUAAAAUAAGAAGUGAUGAAAGGGAGGAUCUCAAAGUGUUGGCUACUGGUGUUGCAGCAGCUUUGGCUGCUAGAAAGCCUUCCUGGGUGUCUGAAGAAGAAUUUGGAAUGGGUUACCUUGAACUGAAGCCAGCAGCAACAGCAUCAGUUGCUCCAAAACCUUUAUCUGAUGGGAAGCUGGAAAGAGCUGAAAGUGCUUCACUCAAAUCUGAGGCUGGACAUGGUAAUAAACCGAAGGCUGGUUCGAUAACUAACGGGUUAGAUUCCCAACCUUCUGUUCUGCCUGCAUCAAAAGCCUUAGAAAAUCAGAAGCAGAUUGAUGAAACGGCUCACAGACCUAUGGAAGAGAAUUCUACCAAGCCUGGCUUAAAACCAUCUGCAGAUUCUGAGGGAAGAGCUUCUGUUAAACGUUCAUUGCCUUCUGGGUCUCUUUCAAAGCAACCAAGACAAGAUCCAAGUAAAGAUGACAUUAAGAUCGGAAAACAGGGUGGUGUAAACAAUAUUAUUUCCUCUGCAAGUUCUGCGAAUGGUAAUUCGGUUCCAGCUUCUUUUAAAACCUCCAAUAUAGCAGGUGAGUCUUCUAAAGGUGAGAGUUUCGUUGCUAAAUCAUCUGCAAAAGAUGAUAGUAGUUCUGAAGCUUCAGAAAUUCAAAAGGUCCAUUCAACUAGAACUCUCCUUUCUCCUAAGCAUGAUAGUAUUACUGUUACGGCCUCAAAGACAAACGAUAAACCUCAGAAGAGAACAAGUCCUGCCGGAGAUUUAGACAGAGUAAAUAAACGUAGGAGAGGAGAAUCAGAUGCAAGAGAUGUAGAGGGCGAAGUCCGAAUCUCUGAUAGGAACCGGUCAACUGAAAAACAUUAUCAAGUAGAUUCUCUGGACAAAGAUAUUAAGGCUGGUGAACGACAUGCAAGAGAUAAUAACAGGGGGGAUAGGUUGGAACGUCACGAGAAGUCGCGUGGAGAUGAUAAUAUUCUAUCGGAAAGGGUUAGAGAGAGAUCAAUGGAAAGGCACGGAAGGGAGCAUUCUUUAGAUAGGGGGUUCGAUAGGGUUGUUGAAAAAGGUAAAGAAGAAAGAAGUAGUAGAGACGACAGGGGGAAAUCUUCUAAAGGUGACGAGCGUUUUCAUGGGCAAAGCUUGCCGCCACCUCCACCGUUGCCUCCUCAUGUAACUCCCCAAUCAGUUGCUAAUAGAAGGGCGGAUGAAGAUGCUGAUAGAAGGCUUAGUAGGCACACACAACAAAGGCUUUCUCCGAGACAUGAUGAGAGAGAAAGGAGAUCGGAGGAAGAUUUUCGUGAGAGGAAACGCGACGAAAGAGAUCUGAUAUCAGUAAAGGUGGAGGAUAGGGAAAAGGAAAGAGAAAGGGGGGCGAGCGUUUUAAAGGAAGAGAUGGAUGCAGCUUCUAAAAGACGGAAGCUUAAAAGAGAACAACAAAUGCCAGAGCCAGGGGAGUAUUCACCAGCUGCACCGACUACUACUCCAGUUGUUGCUAUGGGAAUUUCAUCAUCUUAUGAUGCUCGAGAAAGGGCUGAUCGUAAGCCAGCUGUUCUUCCACGUCCCUCUUACACAGAGGAUCGUAAGGAACCAAUCAGCAAAAUGGCUCGUCGAGAGACUGAACAAAUGCAGGAAAGAGAAUGGGACGACGAGAAGAGGCAAAGAGUUGAACCGCCACCAAAGAGGAGGCCGCAUCGCAAAUGAAUAAAACGAAACGAAAUUUUCUGACAAUUUUCUAAAUGUUUGUCAUGAUGAUCAAUCAAAUUCUUUAGUUUUUACUGGAAAAAACAUUAGACAGAGCAGUGAGUGCAUGAAGUUUUAAUUUCAUCAUAACUUUUCUCAGUAGAGUGGAUUUGGAUGGAUGGAUCAGUUCAAGCUGUUGUACUAAUAACUUUCUGCUAAUGUAAAUUAAAAUAUUAUUUUGUA